AUGGGCGACCACACUCUUAUUGAGAUUGAAUGGUUUAGUGGAUGGAAUCACCUCGCCAUUAUCGAAGUCCUGGAAGUCUCUGCCGACUCCGUGAAGGUGCCCAAAAAGAAGCCUGCGGCCCGUCCUCCACCACUGUGCUGGUCUGGAGAGCGGAACCAAGUAGCCAGCGUCCUGGCCACAGCAUCCCCGCAGGCCCUGCAGCCCCCAGCAGCCGCCACCGUGCCCCCGUCCCCGCUCAGGGUGGCUGUGGUGUGCAGCAGCAACAUGAACAGGAGCAUGGAAGCCCAUGAUAUCCUCCAGAAAAGGGGGUUCUGCAUCCGGUCUUUUGGAGUCGCGCGUCAGGCGAAGCUCCCGGGUCUCAUACGCAAUUGCCCCGUGCUCUAUGACUUCUCCACGACCUGCAAGCAGAUGUAUAAGGACCUCUGGAGGAAAAACCGGGAAUGCUACAGCAGCAACGGAAUCCUUCAACUCUUGGGGAGAAACCAGAGGAUCAAGCCGCACCCAGAAAGGUUCCAGGAGUGCAGCGACCCCUUUGAUGUCAUCUUCACCUGCGAGGAGAGGGUCUAUGACCGAGUGGUGCAAGACCUAUGCACCAGGGAACAGGCGACCUUCCAGCCUGUGCAUGUGGUCAACGUGGACAUUGUGGACACCUUGGAGGAGGCCACCCUCGGGGCUUUCCUCAUCUACAGCCUGUGCCAGAGCCUCCAGCAGGCAGACGACAUGGAAGACAGUCUUGGUCAGCUGCUGCUGGCUGCGGAGGAGAAAACUGGAAAGAGCUUUCUUCACACGGUCUGCUUCUACUGA